AUGGAGAUAUGGCAGCAAAUAUUUUCUCAGAAGAUUGGGCAGAUGAAACCAGGAGACAGGUGGACUCUGAAGGUGGAUUAUUACCUUCUGUCCAACGACCUGGACCCUGGAUGGAAGCAAUUCCUGCAACAACAUGCGUUUGCCAGGUUUGAGUGCUCACAGUGCUGGCACACCUGGCACUCGGCGCAGGUGAACAUUCUCUUCCACAUGCACCUGGACCGGAAGCAGAGACAGGGCCAGGUGAAGAUGAAAAUCUUCAGACAAGAGUGCAAGAAAUGCCUUGUGCCGAAACUGGAACUGCCUGAAUUCAGCCAGGAGAACGUGGAGAGAGUCCUGGAGAACCUGAUGCUGAAGAUUCGCGGGAAAUGCUACAGAGAGGCCAUCAAUCCCCAGGACCUGUGCAAGAUCAUCGUGGAAGCUCAGACAAUGGGGCCACAUGACAGCUCCCACUGUGAAGCCUGCCGGCUGGGCAUCUGUUGCACGAAAUAUGAAGCCCAAGCACCAGCCAGCACCUUCUUUAGGCCUGCUUCUCUAUUGCCACGCAUCGUUCCUGCCCAGGAGGAAUGGAGCGAAGCAGAGACGGGGGGCGGCCGUGACUCGGGGGGCGGCCGUGACUCGGGGAGCAGCUGUGACUGGCGGCGCUGCUGUUGCUACAGCACCGCCGUCAUAUUUUUGGUCAUAUUUUUGGCUGUGCUCAUUUUUGUUCUGCUUUAUUUCAAAACCAAGUAGUGGAAAUUCGACACUCAUACUUGUCCCUAAUGUAACUGAACUGUAAUAACCUGAGUAGUCUGUAUCCACAAUCUGUCAGUCAUUAAGGUGCCACCGGACUCCUUGUUGUUUUUGUAAUAACUUGAGUAAUAACUGGGCUUGGAAAGAUUAAACUUUUAUCUGUAAAUGUCAGUAAAUGUCAGUGUUCACCACACACAUAUAAAGCAACAUCAGUGAUUGAAAUUUACCGAUAGGCAAAGUAAAAAAAAUGCUGCUUGGGGCCUCCUUAGCACUGGAUUUCAGGAUAUUUACUUGGUAUAUUCUGACAGGUGAUGUUGACAGUUUGUGCU